UCUUAUGCUACGGUCAGAAAAUAUCGCGUCUACGGUUCCUCCGCUCUUCGAGCAACCUCCAAGCGAUGGCGGACAAGGCGACAUUGAUGAAGCUCGAAGAGGGCUUCGCCAAACUCGAAAACGCUCAAGACUGCCACUCGCUGCUCAAGAAGUACCUGACCAAGGAGAUCUUCUACAGGCUCAAGAGCCGCAAGACCGGCAUGGGUGCCACCCUGCUCGACGUCAUACAGUCUGGUGUUGAGAACCUGGACAGCGGGAUCGGGAUCUACGCGCCUGACGCCGAGUCGUACACCAUUUUCGCCGAGCUGUUCAACCCCGUCAUCGAGGAUUACCACAAGGGCUUCAAGUCUACCGACAGGCACCCGCCGACAGACUUUGGCGACCUCAACACGCUGGUCAACCUCGACCCCGGAGGAGAGUUCGUCAUUUCCACUAGGGUGCGCUGUGGGCGAUCGUUGGAGGGCUACCCUUUCAACCCGUGUCUGAGUGAGAGUCAGUACAAGGAGAUGGAGAACAAAGUGGUUCAAGUGCUGAACUCGCUGGAAGGAGAACACCAUGGCGUCUACUACCCUCUGACGGGCAUGUCGAAGGAGACGCAGCAGCAGCUCAUUGACGACCACUUCCUGUUCAAGGAGGGCGACCGUUUCCUGCAGGCGGCCAACGCCUGCCGCUUCUGGCCAACGGGCAGAGGGAUCUUCCACAACAAUGCCAAGUCGUUCCUUGUGUGGGUAAACGAAGAGGACCACUUGCGCAUCAUCUCCAUGCAGAUGGGCGGAGACCUGAAGGAGGUUUACGGCCGCAUGGUGCGAGGGGUGCAGAUCCUUGGCAAGAAGCUUCGUUUCUCCCGGGACAGCCGCCUGGGCUUCCUGACCUUCUGCCCCACCAACCUGGGCACCACUCUCCGCGCCAGUGUGCACAUCAAGCUGCCCAAGCUGGCUGCUGACAAGUCUGUUCUCGAUUCCACCGCCGCCAAGUACAACUUGCAAGUUCGAGGCACCAGAGGUGAGCACACAGAAAGCGAGGGUGGAGUGUACGACAUCUCCAACAAGCGCCGCUUGGGUCUCACGGAGUACCAGGCCGUCAAGGAGAUGCAGGAUGGCAUCCUCGAACUCAUCAGGCUUGAGAAGGGCAUGCAGUGAACUCGGAGCUAAAUCUUCGUUCUGGAAGUACAAGUGUGUAAUUU